AUGGCACGAUUCCGGAAUUACUGGUCCCACGCGAUCGACAAAGAGUAUGUUACAGCGGACUUCUAUUUCGAUGUAGGAAAGGAGACCUGCCCUCAACAGGCAUCUCGAGCUACAUCGAUCGGUGAUGAAGGUGUAUUGAAUGGCGAUAGCGACAAUUUGGCGUGCACUCCGGCUGGGACGCUUUUGUACAAGCGUUAUUGUCUCCAAUCAUACUCACAUCUAGCGCAAAACGAUGUCACCGCCCAAGAAAUUGAGAAGCAAAUGUUCUAUCCUUUCAGUAUGCUCCACGACACUGGAAGCCUGACUGUUAAGACGGGUCAGCGAUCCUUACAGCGCAAAGCUGAACUUCUGUAUUCUCAGUUCUACCCCAGUAUCAAAGAGGUUUUCGCGACAGGGAACGUUUAUCCGUUCACUAAUACCGCAAUCAAAACCCUUGCGUUAGACAAAAAGUUACGACAAACUUAG